AUGACCACCGUCCAAGUUGCGCCUGCACGGCGGUCGCGUGAGCCUGUGAUAUGCCCAACCGACGAAGAAGCCGUGGUGCCAAAGAAGCCAGAGCCCGCGCGCAAGGCCCACAAGAAGAGCGCUGAGUACAUCCUCAAGAGCGGUCUUGCCGGAGGGCUCGCCGGUUGCGCCGCCAAAACCGUUGUAGGACCGCUGGACCGUGUUAAGAUCCUCUUUCAGACCUCGAAUCCCAAUUUCACCAAAUACGCAGGCAAAUGGAGCGGGCUACCGGUUGCCAUAAAGGACAUUUACAUCGCCGACGGCCCUCGUGGGCUGUUCAAAGGCCACUCCGCCACACUUCUCCGCAUAUUUCCUUACGCUGGGAUCAAGUUCCUCGCAUACGAGCAGAUCCGCGCACGCUUCAUCAAAGACCACACCCAAGAGACGUCUGUGAGACGGUUCCUGAGCGGAGCCUCGGCCGGUUGCGUCUCCGUCUUUUUCACCUACCCGCUCGAAGUCAUCCGCGUGCGUCUAGCCUUCGAGACGCGCAACGAGUCUCGCUCGACUCUCCGUUCCAUUUGUCGAAUAAUCUACAACGAGCGUCCCCCCCCAAUCCACGUCGAGGCCAGCCAGGCGGCCGUGUUAGCCCCUCUGACCACCGCCACCGCUGCAGUCCAGAAGGUUGCGCCGCGUUAUGGCCUCUCGAACUUCUUCCGCGGCUUUACUCCCACCCUUCUCGGCAUGCUUCCGUACGCCGGCGCAUCAUUUCUCGCCCACGACACCGCAUCUGACAUCCUCCGUUACCCAUUGCUCGCUCCUUACACCACAAUCCCCAGUUCGGAGGGUAGCGCCGUGGAUCCAAACAAGCCUGCACAACUGCGGUAUUGGGCCGAACUCGGCACAGGUGGCUUUGCAGGCUUUACCUCCCAGACAGUCUCGUACCCUCUCGAAGUCAUCAGGCGGCGAAUGCAGGUUGGCGGCGUGGUCGGAGAUGGGCACAGACUAGGCAUGGCAGAGGUGAUAAAGAGGAUAAAUAAGGAGAGGGGGUAUAGGGGCUUUUUCGUGGGCUUGACAAUUGGAUAUGUCAAGAUUAUUCCCAUGUCUGCAGUGAGCUUUUAUGUUUAUGAGCGGGGCAAGUAUUAUCUAGGGAUAUGA